AUGAUAAGUUGGGGGGGGGGGGGGAGGGGGGGGGGGUGGGGGGGGGGGGAGGGGGGGGGGGGGGUGGGGGGGGGGGGGGGGGGGGGGGGGGUGGGGGGGGGGGGGGGGGGGGGGGGGGGGGAAAACCACUACAGUCGUGUGUGGGAGAUCUAUUCUAACUGCACAAAGAGGAGGAAGACUAAAGUGAGAGAAUGUGUUCUCAACUAUUCGUUCCACUUCUCCUCGUCUGGUGUGGAGGUGCUGUGUUCAGACUUACUGAACCGUCCAGUCCUGUCCCUCUCUGUGACUCAGGGGUUCUCCCAGGUCGAGGAUUUUCAGGCCCCGGUCCCCCAGGUCUUCCAGGUCGGGGUGCAGGUCGUGCGUGUGCAGUUGGGAUCUCAGUUCUUGGUCCAGUGCUCGGUGAAGCCUCAGUUCCCAGGAGGCUCCUUCCAGCUGCUCUCUCCCUCUGGGAACCACACCCUGCCUGCUGUCAAUCACUCUGCCCACUUCCUGUUCAAUCACACUGGCCCCGCCCACAAAGGAAACUAUACCUGUGUUUACCACCUACAGGUGUUCAACCACAGCUUCACCUCCGAGAGCGAGAGACUGGAGCUGAGGCUGGGAGUUUUAAAGUUUAACCUGAUCAUCAGAGUCCUGAUUAUUCCACUGAUGAUCCUCCUGUUCACCCUGCCACAGUGCUACUGCUACUACAAGGUUAAGUCCAGAAGAGGCGCUAGUGAGACACAUGGGACCAUGAUCCUGAUGAAUGAAGUCAUCACAGAAGAGGAGAGAGGAGGAGACGGACCAGGAGAGGAGAGAGGAGGAGACGGACCAGGAGAGGAGAGAGGAGGAGAGGAACCAGAAGAGGAGCGAGGAGGAGAGGGACCAGAAGAGGGGAGAGGAGGAGAGGAACCAGAAGAGGGGUAG